GUUCGUCAUGCUGAGUUCUGCGUAGAUUUGGUGCGGAACUUCUGCCCUGUGUGAUAUUGUCAUCGCUAUCUGCAUGACUUACUAUCUUAUGCGCUGCGAUACUGGCUUCCGUCAGACCCAGAUUCUGGUCACAAAACUAAUUCGUCUCAUCAUUGAAACUGGAUUUGUGACAGCUGUUGUCGCCCUGCUCAACCUUAUCCUGUUUUUCGUGUUCCCUCAUGAGAGUUUCUACACGACACCCGCCCUGCUCAUGCCCAAUCUGUAUGCUAAUACGGUUUACAUGGUGCUGAAUUCGCGAAUCCGGAUUAUGGGUGGACGGGAUACGUAUACGUCUUCUACUGAUAUGAGCGUCACGACCGCUAUGAUAAGAGAUUUCACAUCUCAAUCAACAGAGAGCACACGGCGAACAGAAGGGAUGCAAGGACAGGCGCCAGUGGUCACGAUAUCUAAAGAGAUAUUCAAGGAUGAUUUUGAAAUGACUCAUAUGCAUAAACUACAGGACACAAGCAUCAUCUAAACCACCUAACAGUCAGAUUACACUGUUGAGCCGACUCCGUGUACGGGAACCUGCCCUAAUUUACUUAUUGUUUUGUCGUAAUAACCACUGAUAGUACUUCGGGAUCUUUGCUACGUUGAGAUCACUACACAAGAUACUUAGUGAAUGUAACUGCGUCGCAACCAUCAUCCUUUGAUUGGUAGGAUCGGAUACUAAUGGGAUUGUAUGGCAGAGAUGAGAAUACGGUGGGCAGUGUAGCGCAUUUCGAGGCUUGUCUCCAAUUUCUAUUU